AGCACCAACAUCCAGCAUCAUCCAGCUACCCCAUCUUUUCCGUCUUUCCCUCACCACAUCCUCCAUCCAACUGCACAUAGCCACUACGAUCUGAAAUUCCAUCAGAGUCUUCUCGUUCUCAAGGCUCUUUUGAACGCUCAUUCUCAAUUCUCGACCACCCAGACGCCUGUACAAGAUGGAUCUCCGGGGUCUGCUCGGCGGCACACGAGGCCAGUUGGGUGGCGCUCAGCCUGGAUCUGACAACUCGAACCUCAUUGACAACUCCGAGACUGUCUACAUAUCUUCCCUCGCCCUCCUCAAAAUGCUGCGACACGGCCGAGCAGGUGUGCCCAUGGAGGUCAUGGGUUUGAUGUUGGGAGAAUUCGUCGAUGACUUCACUGUCAGGGUUGUGGAUGUGUUUGCCAUGCCACAAAGUGGUACUGGUGUCAGCGUCGAGGCCGUGGACCCUGUCUUCCAGAUGAAGAUGAUGGAGAUGCUGCGACAGACGGGCAGGCCCGAGUCCGUCGUGGGUUGGUAUCACUCGCAUCCUGGUUUUGGUUGCUGGCUCUCUAGUGUCGACAUCAACACCCAACAGUCUUUCGAGCAACUCACCCCUCGAGCCGUCGCCGUCGUCGUGGAUCCCAUCCAGUCCGUCAAGGGCAAGGUCGUCAUCGAUGCCUUCCGUCUGAUCAACCCACAGUCUCUCAUGCUGGGGCAGGAGCCCCGCCAGAGCACGUCCAACCUGGGUCACCUGAACAAGCCCUCUAUUCAAGCGCUGAUUCAUGGCCUGAACCGACACUAUUACUCGAUCGGAAUCAACUACCGCAAGACAGCCCUCGAGGAGAACAUGCUCAUGAACCUGCACAAACAGCCAUGGACCGAGGCGCUGCAGAUGGACGACUUUUGCGCAGAAGGCGACCGCAACAAGGAGAGGCUGGAGAGGCUGGUAAGCCUGGCCGAGGGUUACGAGAAGAGGGUCAAGGAGGAGACGGAGCUCACGAAGGACCAGCUCAAGACGCGUUACGUGGGCAAGCUCGACCCCAAGAAGCAUCUGGAGGACGUGGGCCAGCAGCUCAUUGAGGACAACAUCGUGGCCGUGUCCAAACAGAUGAUCGACAAGGAGGCGACCAUGCCAAAGAAGGACGCAACGAACGGCGCAAAGGAUGCAACGAAUGGGGGAGGCAUGGACAUCGAUGGCUAAUGGAAAUGGGCGGCCGCUGCUUCGAACCUGAAAAUUUACCACGACUCAUGGAAGGGCAUAAUGGUAUUGUACGACUACCCGCGGCGUUAGACUUGGUUUUGGCAUGGGAGGUCACCCGGUAGAUAGGUAGACAAAGGAAAUUCUGUCUAGCCCCAG